CGGCAAAGAGAACCGAUCCAAACGGAGUCCGACUUGGGAUGCAAGACUCACUUUAUCCGUUAAUGUUUCGAAAUAUUAAACACUCGACAAACUGUGGAGUUGCCGUCAACUUCUCAACCGAAACUUACAGAUUUGCUACGAAGGUGUGGACGUUUAAACAAAAAACGGAGGAUAUAAAGCAGAAAAAUUAUAGCAGAAAAAGACAUGACGCCAAUUAGCAGGGUUGAUUUUAAGGACAGUUUAACUUUAAUCAGCUGAUAUAUCCACAUUUUUUCUAUUUAUUUAGUCAGUAUUUAACACAGCUAACAAAAUGUUUAAAUGUACUUCUAUUUUAAAAUUCUUUAUACAUCUUUUACGUCGGUAAGAGCACUAGAUUAACUCGUUAAUCGAUAACUUUCCAUUUUUAAACAAUAUUUAGUGCACUAAAAUGUCAGAAAAGAAGCACAGGGGUGCCAGUAAGUGUGGAGGAGGGAGUAAAUUUCACAUGUUGGCCUUUUUUCUCCCGCCUCAUGUUGUAAUUUCCUUCUACUGUCCUUCCAGAGUUGAUUAUAGGUUUUCUGAGAGCAGGUUGAGCAGCUGCGUGCGAGCUCUGCAACACACACUUGUCUAGUUAUUUACCUGGCAUGCCCUGGCAGGUGGAAAUGUCAUGACUAACUGCCACAAAGUCAGAAAUAUGUGAGCGUGUGCAGUGGUUUCAUUUUAAAGCUUCUCAGAAGUAUAUAUUUAUAUUCAUAAACCAGACGUAACAUCCAGCUGUGAAGGCUGGCCUUCCUAAAAAUCCCAGAGGAAUGUGGAUGAGAGAGGGAGUAAGGGGAUAAACUAAAGCACAGAUGUGUAUUUUUGCUGGUACACAUCCAAAAACUAUAUCUAGUUUGGUGAAUCAGCUUAUUUCAGACAUCCAAAGUUCAAAGAGACAACUUCCAACAAGUGGUGACGUCCAAUGAACAGGAGAAAAACCUUUCUACAGCUGUGUUGGUGAGAAAAGGAGGAGACAGGUUUAGUAAAAUGGGGGAGGGAAGAGAAGAAGGCAGGAGGAGGGAAAGAACAUUGACAUAAACAGUGGGGCAAAGAAAGGGGAAGAGCAGCAGCAGCGUUUUGGACGGGUGGAAAAUCAGCGCUGGAGAGGGUUAAGAGGAGGAGUUGGACGAAGACAAGACAGCGUGGAGAAGAUUUCAGAGACUAACUGGAGAAGAAGAAGGAGGAAAAAAAGCGAAUUGGGAACGUCUGCUUUGCUGAAAGAGAGAGCACAAUGUCGACGUCGUCAUCAGAAAACAAUCCCGAGGAUGUCAACCAUCGCAGCUUCUGGAUGCCUGGGAACUAUCAUCCCACCGUGAAGCGCACAGAAGAUUCCUUCCAGGCCUGCAACGACAUCGUGACGUGUUUCCAGGAGAGAGCCCGUGUGGAGAGGCAGUACGCCCAGCAGCUCGACGAAUGGAGCAACAAGUGGAAACCAGUAGUGGACUCCAGUCCUCUGUACGGGUCGCUACUGAAGGCUUGGCAGUGCUUCCUGUUGUCUGCCGACCGGCUGGCCUCGUUACACGCCUCCAUCUGUCGCUCCCUGGUGUCGGAAGACGCAGACCGGGUCAGAACCUGGCAGAAGGACACCUUUCACAAGAAGUUAUUUGGAGGCUUCAAGGAGACCCAGGACAUUGAGACCGGGUUUGCACGCGCUCAGAAGCCCUGGGCGAAACGGCUUAAGAAGUUGGACAAAGCUCGGAGGGCGUACCAUAAGGUGAGCCGUAAGGAGCACGCCGCUAAGGAGAGGGACUUUCACGCUCAGGGAAACCCAGAUGUUUCUAUUGACAAGCAGAAAAAGAUCCAAGAGGAGCGAGAACUGGCUCAGCAGGAGGCCGAGAAGGUCCGCGCUCGCUAUGAGAAAGUCCUGGAGGAGGUGAACCGCUACGUUCCUCGCUACAUGGAGGAGAUGGAGUCCGUUUUCGACCAAUCCCAGGACGAGGAGCGAAGGAGGAUCGUGUUCCUGAAAGACGCCUUCCUGUCCAUCCACAAACACCUGGACGUCACCACCAACGAGAGUGUGAUCGCCGUGUACAGCGAGCUGCACAACACCCUGAUGGGCAUCGACGAGCAAGAAGACCUCCGCUGGUGGAAAAACACCCACGGGCCCGGCAUGCCGACCGACUGGCCUCACUUCCAGGAUUAUUCACCUAAGAAGAAAAGCAAAAAGGGGAAGAAGGAGGUGGAGAAAAAGAAAGGAACAAUAGAGAAGAGUGUGAUGAUUGGCGGCGUGAGAGUGAGAGCUCUGUACGAUUAUGUUGGUCAGGAGACGGAUGAACUCUCCUUUAAAGCAGGUGAGGAGUUUCUGAAGAUCGAGGAUGAGGAUGAUCAGGGUUGGUGUCGGGGGAAGAAGGACGAAGGCUGGGAGGGGCUUUACCCGGCGAACUACGUGGAGGUCGUAUAGUUUCCACAAACCGAAUGGAAAUGGGUAAAAAAAACCUGGUGCUGCGUCUGGUUCUGAGCAGAAACAUUAAAAAAUUAAAACCCAGAUGUUUUCCAAACACGAAAACCUUCUUUGACCUGUUUUGACAAACAGAUUUGUACGUUUUUUUUUAAUGAAUGUUUUAAGACAAACAUACAAGCAAGCGAUCCCUUUAUGUAACCAUGACAACUAUAUGCUGGAGUAUAAAGUCACGCUAACGUUUGGCAUUGAAGCUACAAGACUGAGAUUUUAUCUUGUUUCAUUUUUUCACUUUACUUUUAAAACUCAAGCUGCUGCAGAAGUGAAGGUGAAAAUCGUUUGGAGCCUCCAGGUAAAAAACAAAAACUCUUCAAUGAAGUGACACUAAGUGCGUCUUAAUUUGUGGGGCUUUAAUACCUAAAGUGCAUUUCACCUCCACUUUUCCACUUCUCUGCUUGCAAAGGAACAAUCACAUAAACCAGAGCCAAUUAUUGCAGCUUCUUUAUGGAGCUUUAUAUGAACUCUCUGAUCGCUUUAUUUCUCCGUAACGUCUCCAAAUCAGCAGCCAUGGCAGAUUUCUACAGUAAUCUGAAGAAUAAUUGCAAACUUUUUCAUGUUUCCAAAGACUUUUAGGAGAAAAUAAACAAAACUUAAGCAAAGAUGCCUGAAGCGUUCAGCCUUUUUCAUACAUGAUGUUAUUCUGACAUAAUAAAUGAAACUUCUGGACUCAAUCCUAAUUAAUGGCGACACAUUCUGGUUUUCUGCAUUUGGAGUUGCUCCCAGGUUCAAAAGGGAGUUUAGAUCUUUCUUGCCAUAAAUCAGAAAUACUUUAUUGUGCAUUUUGUUGUUGCACUUCCUGCAGAAUAUGUUGGUUUUCUUGGAUUACAUUUUCUUAGUUUGCAGAAAUGACGUCACUGCUCUGUAGUUUCCUAAAAAUCUCCUUCAGUGCAGCUAAACGUUUCAACAUGAAAGUUUUAACCUUUUCUAGAAGGGACUUCCUUCAUGUUUGUCUUUAAUGCCGAUUAAUCAAUUAAUCACGACUAAUCAGUGCUAAUAGUGACCUGCUUCUUUGACCUUAAUGAAAUUAAAUUAGCUGAUUAUUUUGUGCAGAAUUAGCAAAACUCAACAUUUCUGCAUUGCCUCAACUGUAAUGCAAGCCGAGUGAAAAGCCAACCGUUUGUUAAACGUUUUGAUCUUUGGUGCCACGUUAAAAGUUUAGAUGAAUCUAAAGCUCAGGCUCUCGAUCUCUGGAUUAUUUUUAACGGUAAAGUUUGACGUUCAGUCUUCAAAUUGCUCCAACAACCCGGCAGGAUCUGCUCCACCAUCACCGCUUAUCUUCAUGGAAAAGAAGCCAAAUGUGUCGCCUGCUGCCUGCAAAGCGUAAUCAUCGCUAUGACCUCAGAUUAACGGACAUAUUUCUGGCUUUUUCUUCACUGCAGAAACCAAAAAUAUUACCAGUAUUUUUCAUAUUUUGGUAUCAAGUGAAGGCCAAAAAUUGGAGACAGGACUUGAUAUUAUUUCACGUUAGGAGUGGAUUUGGUCAUGUACUCUCCAAAAACACAAAAUCUUACCAAGUAUUUUUUGUUCUAGUUUUUCAUCCAAAUCUCUUAGUAAGCUUGAAAUAAGACAAUAAACUCACAAGUAACUUUUCAGCAAGAUAUGAGCUUAUUUUAAGUCAUUAAUUCCAUAUCAGAAAGAUUAACAAGACAUUUUUCUCAUGUUAUAAAUGAAAUAAUCUGCCUAUUGAACUAGUGCUUUUUAAUCAAUGCUUUUAUUAAAAAGCUCAUUUAUUGCUGAAAAGUUACUUUGCAAGUUUCUUAUUUCUCAUGUAAGAUAUUUGCACUAGAAAAAUACUUUAAGAUUUGUUUUUCAUUUUUUACAGUGUUCAAGAUUAAGCUAAUAUUUCAGACAUUCUGUGAAACAGAGACAAUCUUUACCAAAGUAAGGAAACGCCUUUCAUUAAAAGCUUCCUUUGCCUUGCUUAGCUACUCCUCUAUAUACAUAUAUACAUGUUUGUACUUUUAUCUGUCAUGUGAGAAUUAUACAUUCGCAGCCUUCAUGUCUUUUGGAAAUAAACUCUGAUGCUAAAAACA